GUCCCUCCCCCGCUGCGUGCUUCGUCCAAAACGAUCUUCUUCCAUAGGAGCUAGCUGGGAACGCAACGACGGGAUCGCGACUUAUCGUGAUCCGAAACGCUCAUUUUGAUCCUCCUUCCUCUCCUCUCCUACCCGAACAAGUUUAGGUUAAAUCCGGCUUAAAUCCCGCUUUAAAUCGAGUUUCGCUUCUUGUCGUGCCAUCUCAUAUUGUUACGUCAACGCUACUUCUACGCAAAUCACCGAGCUUGGCGGCGAUCGUCGGAGAUGUCCUACGACGACGUGGAGAUCGAGGACAUGGAGUGGAGCGAGGAGCUCCAGGCGUUUACAUACCCUUGCCCCUGCGGCGAUCUAUUUCAGAUCACGAAGGAAGAACUCCGCGUUGGCGAGGAAAUCGCUCGAUGCCCUAGUUGUUCGCUUUACAUCACGGUUAUAUAUAAUAUGGAUGACUUUGCGGACUCCGAUGGAGGAAGGCCUCCAUCUGAGCAGCUUCAGCCAAUCGCAGUCUCAUGAGCAGUCCUAGUAUCCGAUUUAA